GUGCCUCGCUUGUUUGCGCCGAUGGAGCUGAGCUGCGGCCGGCCCGCGGCGGCGCUGCCCGGGAUGGAGGCCGAGAGCCCGGGCGAGGACUACGAGAGCCUGCCCAGCGGCGCCUCCCUCUCCACCCACAUGACGGCCGGGGCGGUGGCAGGCAUCCUGGAGCACACGGUCAUGUACCCCGUGGACUCGGUCAAGACCCGAAUGCAGAGUUUGCAGCCAGAUCCCAAAGCCCAGUACGGGAGUGUGUAUGGGGCCCUGAAGAAAAUUAUUCACACUGAAGGCUUCUGGAGGCCUUUACGAGGAAUUAACGUCACCAUGCUGGGGGCUGGCCCUGCCCAUGCAAUGUAUUUUGCCUGCUAUGAAAAAAUGAAAAGGACUUUAAGUGACAUUAUUCACCAUGGAGGAAAUAGCCACCUGGCGAAUGGCAUAGCUGGGAGCAUGGCCACAUUGCUCCAUGAUGCAGUAAUGAAUCCAGCUGAAGUGGUGAAGCAGCGGAUGCAGAUGUACAACUCCCCCUACAAAACAGUCCUGGAGUGCAUACAGACAGUGCAUCGGACUGAAGGACUGGGUGCCUUCUACCGGAGUUAUACCACGCAGCUCACCAUGAACGUCCCCUUCCAAGCCAUUCACUUUAUCACAUAUGAGUUCAUGCAGGAGCAAAUCAACCCACGCCGGGAAUACAACCCCCGCUCGCACAUCCUCUCUGGUGCCAUCGCGGGAGCCGUGGCUGCCGCUGCCACCACACCCCUUGACGUCUGCAAGACGUUGCUCAACACUCAGGAAAACAUGGCUUUGAAUUCGGUGAACAUCAGUGGGCACCUCUCAGGAAUGGCCAAUGCUUUCAGGACAGUUUAUCAGCUGGGUGGUAUCCCUGGGUAUUUCCGAGGGGUGCAGGCUCGUGUCAUUUACCAGAUGCCUUCAACUGCCAUCGCGUGGUCAGUGUAUGAAUUCUUUAAGUACUUCCUUACGAAGCACAAGCUGGAAAAAAGAGCUCCUUAUUGAAAGACUUGACUAGAGCGAGCCUAAGGUUCAGAUGACAUUUGUAUAAACUCUGAGGGAUUCGCUCGUGUUGUGAAACAUGCAAGAUUUCUUGUGGAUUCACAAUUGAAUUUCACUUUUCUGUCAUUGGGGGUGAGGGGAAUUAAGUGGUCAUUGGAGAAAUUUGGCACCCUCUUUGCUAGAAUCUGAAGACUUUUUAAAAAAAAUAUUUAUAGCUUUAGAGAAGUGAAAUUACUGAUAUUUUUUUUCCUCUGGAUAAGCUCUAAGAUGUAGUGUUACCACUUCACCAGAAAACUUAGACUGCACCAGGGGGGGAAAAAUGGUAUUGUGAGAUAUUUUAUAGCAAAGAAAUUAAAUAUCCUGUCGCUGAACAAACUUUUAUAUAUGACAUAAUAUAAAAUAGAUGGAUAAUGUUUAUCCUUUAUUUUUCUAUGUAGGAAUUUUGUUUUAAUACUAUUACAGCUGGAAGUUGAGCUGUUUAAAAAAAACAACAAACAAACUGAAUUCUUCCAUCAUGACACGUAAGAACCAAAGCAUUUAUUUUUGUUUAGCCAGAAUGGCUUUAAUCAUAGCAUUUAACCCAAAACAGUGGCCAGGAUUUUCAUUUGUACAUAGGUAAGCUUCCUCCAGUUUUAUGGCAUCCACUUGACACCUUAAAAGGGCCCGACUUUUAGAAAGUGUUGAGCAUAUGCUUUCUGAAAAUGGUCUGUUUAAGGGGUCUCAAGUUGGGCAGUGAAAAUCGGUGGUUGCUCUUGAAAAACCUUAGUUUAAUUGUUACUCCCAUAGCUGACUUAUGAUUGUACUUGAAAGAUGAGCAUUUUUGGCAAACUUAUUUUAAAGGUACAUUUUUGUGGUGUUUUAAUAGAGAAUAGGUUUCAUUGCUCUUAUUUAUUCAUAAUCUUAUUUUCCACUAACUCCUCGCUCCUGCUUACACAUGAAUAACUGUGCAGGACUCAUGCUCGCUUACAUGCAGAACGUUACUCUUGUGCAUAAAAGUGUGCAGGAGCAGAGUAUCGGUUUACAGUUCUAUAAGACAACUCAUCUUGAAUUGUAAGAGUUGCAUACUGACCACAAGGAAACUGUCAAUCACAGUGCAAAAUAAGCCCUUGGAAAGUGAAACCUUAAACAGGAGAACAGCAGAAUCAAAACCUUUUUGUAAAGCAAAGCCAACAAACAGCAGCUGUUUGUUGUCCAAUUGGUAUGUAUAAAUGAAGUGUCCUAAAACCUAAAGUUGAGUGGAUUUUAGUCCUUUGGGGACUUUGUUUGCUGCUGUGAAAUCCUAUGCUUUAUUUUGUGCUUCUGUAGAAAAGAUCUCUGUGUGUUCAAAAAAGCACAUCUGACCUUCAGUUCUUUUUUUUUGCAAGCUAUGUUUGUGGAUGGCUCCGCUUAGCCUUUAUAUCUCAUCUUCUUACAAUGUGAUGUUGAAUCCAAUGUUUACAAAGUAUAGGUACUGGGUUUGAGGCAAGGAAAACCUUUGACUGCUCUCCCCAAAUUAAACCGACCACUGUCGCAAAUACAGGGUCUGAAUUUUAAAUGUCUAAUAUUUGGUCCAAAUUAUCUACUUUAGGUGCAGUAAUAUUGUAGAAGAUUGAAAAGCUUUUGUUGGUCUAAAGAGCAAAAGCUGAACUUGUUGCUGAACUAUAGAUGCUGAAUUUAUUAACUAAUAGCCAGUUGCCCACCUGUUGGGACUAGGUGGCUAACAUUACAAUCAAUGAAAAACCUACCAGGAUUUUUCUGGUUUUAGAAAUGUAAGUGAAUAAUAACCCCAUCCCCUUUGAAGGGCAAUCAGUGUGAAAAGGUUGAUUCUACCUGAGAACUGUUCACCUACUAGUGAAACAACAAACAUUUAAACAUUCCUAAAACUGAUACUGCAGCAGACAGUAUUUCUCUAUUUGCUUGUUUUUUGCAUUUGAUAACUUUGAAUAAGAUCAUUUUUGCUGUUUCUCCUGUUUUUUUGUUUGUUUGCUAUGUGAAAAACCCAUACAAAAAAAACCAGACAAUGUGGAAGAACCCUUUUUAAAGGAAAACUAUGAUCCAAAAGCUGGCUGAGGACCUGGGAGAACAUAUAGGACCUGAAGCUACCUUCUCAAGUUGACUAGAUUUGAAGUUGGCAUUCUUCUAACCCCAAAUUAAGUCUUGAUUGUGCACCUUGUACCAGUGACUUACAUUUUUCUGCUCACCUGAAUGAGGUGAAAAAGCUUUACCAUGUCUAACAUUUGCAUUUAAAUUUUUAACAUGGAGUUUUUCAUUUCAAGUACAGCUUAGUCUGUAUCUACUAAUAAUGAAAAGUCACCAUCAAAUUGGGGAAUUUCAUUAAGGCUUGAGUGAGACAAACUGGCAGUCAGGUCCUUCUCUGUAUGGUGGCUUUCAUGUGAUCUUACUCUUGCAUUACACUAAGUUUGGUUGACCAGUAUUUGGGGAAGGUAAAUCACUACAGGAAAUACUUCUCUAGUGAAUGUACAUGCAACUUGUGUAAAUUUUUCUUUACAAAUGAUAAGGAAUUGUGAAACGUUCUUUUCAUGUCUAUUUGCUGUCCCUUACAUUCAAUUAACUGUUCCCCCUUUUUUUAAUAAGCUUGGUUUUUAUUUAGCUUUUCAAAGUGCAGAAUUUGUAAUCUCAGCCUAUUGUAAGCAUGGUGUUGACACUAGAAAGCUUUCAUGCUCAUCUUUGUACCAUGAGCUUGGUGUGAAAGCAGAUGCAAGCUUGACAGGGUUUUUAGCCUGAGGUUUUCAAAGGAUAGAUUACUUUGAAAAAAUCUCAUCCUUUUUAAUGAAAAGUGAGUGGAGCUGGUGACAUGCUCAGUCUAUGGAAGAAGCUUGUUAAGAAUAUGCUGAAUACAAAUCAGGUAUGGGUUUGACACGAACCAGCCAAAAUGCAGCCGAGGUAAACUUUCUGAAAUGUAGGCCUCAGUCUUUCGUGAAGGCUUUUAAGCUUGGUUAGAUCAGACUUCAAUGAGAAGACUUUUUGUAUGUAUUUGAUAGGUGACCGUUUAAUGGACAAGCAACAUUCAAGAAGUAUUCCUCAUUUCUUAGCACUUGAAAGUCAUUGGUGAAUGUGUGCGGUAUUUAGAAACUAGUAAACAUUUAGAUAGCAGUAUUUCAAUGAUGGUAUAAUAAGUAAACUUUAUAGUCCACGGACCUUCCUCUCCAUAUCCUCCAGCUGCAAAAAAAGUAAUCUCUGUAGUGCGGGGGAUGUUGAUGAUGCUUGGGUGUCCAGAUUCAAAUGGAGGUGGGUACGUCACUUUUCAGGCCCCUUUAAAAAUUUCCAAGUAUCACCAUCUUGUUCAACAGAAUAAGGGAGGAUUUGCACCUAUUCAGUUAUUUGGUAAAAUUUUCACUACUGUUAUUGCAGAGAGGAUAUAGUGAUGUGAGAGUGAGCUGGGAUUUGCUCCUGGCUCAUGUAUCACAACCUUUUGUGCUGAUGAAGCAAGCCAGAGCCCAGCUUCACAUUCACAGUCCUGGGAGAGGUUGUAGAGCUGGUAGCUAGAAAGAAAACCCUCUAAUAUUGCGGGGCAAAAUUCCUCUGGAAAAUCAUGUGGAGCUCCCGCUGUCUCAAAUGCCUUGUUUAGACCCUUCUUGGAGCAUGACUUGUUUUUUAUAUAAUUCAUUGUGACUUGGGGUUGAUGCUAAUUGAACAAAAUUUCUUGCCUUAGAAUAAGACCAGCUAGAACAGCUGGUUUCCAGCAUGAACUUUCUUAAGCUGUAGAAGUCAACCUCUUAACCUCUGUAGCAACUUGCAUGAAUUCUGGCACACACUUCCUUUCUAUUGACUUCUUCGCUUUACCCCUUUUGAUGACUUCACCCUGGCCAACAUGCAGAUAGAGCCUGAUCCUUUGUCGUUGGAGGCCACUGGAAAGCUUACAUUGUUCUCGCGGUGCAAGAUCAGAUACGAAGGGCCAGAUUUGCAAAGUGCUCAGUGCCUAAAGUUGGUGCCAAACUCUUUCAGAAGAGUUGAGUUUCUGUUUUCGUACCAAUAGAAGCAGCAAGCUCCUCUCUCUUCUUCUAGCUUGCACAGCAGGUGCUGAUCCUUGCUGAAAAUCAAACUGUUCUAGUGGGAUCUCCCAUUUGCUGAGUGCUUACAAGAAUCUGGCCACUUACUUAGGACUUAAGUUAUUUGGAAAAUGUGUGUAGUGAGCAUUUGAAAACCUAGCCCCUUAACCCUGGGCACUAUUCUGUAUUAUGUAAUCAAACAUGGACCAAUAACUAACUGGGAAUGGAGACUUCUUGGAACCUUAUCCAGUUUUUUUUGCAGGACUUUAUUAAAAUUUAACUCUUGUUUAUCAACUCCAAUAUUUACCUGCUGGAUCUCCAAUUUAAAGGAUCCCCACCAAAGCCAUGUUAGGCUGCAUCUCAUGUAGGUUGCAACAAACGCACAGUCAGUAUUUUGUAUUCUGCAAAUAACAUUCAGUUGAUAUUUUAAAAAACACUUUGUAUGUGAAACAGAUGUACUGCUGCUUUGUGGCUGCAACAAACGCACAUGUUUUUUAAGGGAGAGGAUGUGUUAAGAUUUUUUUAAAGUUGAUGUAUUAAAAUUGCAGUUCCUGCUUUUUUUAAUCCGACUUUGUAAAUUUUUUGAAGAGAACACAAACUUAUUUAAUGCAGAAAGUUUGGCUUCUGAAAUGCUGCUACAGUUAUAACACUGGAGCUCAAGGAAAUAAAAAUUAUUUGAUCUUUUGUCCUUCA